AUGACGGCGAAUUGCAAUGCGAACAUCGAGAACGAGCUCGAGAUUCUGAGGAUCACAUGCACAACGCCACAACAUCUCCAUCAAAUCUAUACGUUGUGCAUGGAAAAAACGAGCACGAUUCUGGAGAAUCAUUCAUUCGAAUUGGAAAAUUUCUGGAAGAAUCGCGACGUCUGGAAAAGCGAGAAGCUUCUCGAGAAGCACGCGGUUGUGUGGCGAAAACUCGCCGAACGCCUCGAAUUCAUCAAUUCCAUAGUCGGCGAUGCCGAUGAUCUGCGUGAACUUCGCGAUUCAAUUAGAAGGGUCCCAUAUCGAAUUCCCUAUCUCGAGCAUGCCUAUCAUGUGUUCAACAGAGCUAUCGAAAUUGUCAAACACGAGUUUUUUCUGGAAAUGCAGCGUUUCAACGAACUCGACAAACAGUUGACUCUUUUGAAUCGAAUGGAGAAGAAUCGGGCGAUCAAUAAAGAGAUCAAGUUGGUGAAUAAAAAAAUCGAGAUGAGAAAUAAGAUAAAUGAGCUCAUUGAGCUCUAUGAGGCGAUUAUCGAUUUGGUGUGCAGUCCGACAAUUGAACCCGAAGCGAAUGCUUAUCAUCCGAUAUUUGUCAACCUGCAAAACCUGGCCGAUGUCAUACGGAAUUCCAACGUUCAAUUAAUCAACAAUCCACAACAGGAAAAAAAUCGAGAAAUGAAAUAUCUUGAAAAUCCGCAAGUAAAAAUUUUCGAAAUUUAUGAUUUCAAUGAAAAAUUAAUUAUUGAGAUGGCGCACAAUGGAAUGUAUUCGGAUCAUCAGGAAUCAAUUCGAUGUGUUCAAAUCAAAAAGAAGACGAUCAACGAAGUUGCGGAGAAGAAUCGAGAGCUGAAAAUGAUAUUGAGAUAUUGCAAAUAUCGCGAAAUCUGUCGCGAUCAAGUCGAUGGUGUCAUGCAAUCAUCGAGGAAAAAAAUUCGAGUAUUGCGCAAUGAGUAUUCGUUGAAUUUGAUGAAGUUGAACAAUAUGCGAAAAAUCUACGAGGAUAUGAAACGCACGGCGGCGAAUUCGAAAGAGGAGUUGCUUACGAAGCAUCAAACACUGCACCUUCAAAUGGAGCUCAUUGGAGCUCACUCGCUCCAUUUGGCCGAACUUCAAAAUGGCAUCGAACUUCAUAAUGUUAGAUAA